GGCAGUGGGUCGGAGCGGCGGUAGCCCGGGUCGGUCUAGCACGCCUAGCACGUUCCUUGCGAGAGUCGUAGCGUUUUCAAAUCGGGUACGGUCUUUUUUUAAAGAAAUACACACAGGUAACCUCCUCCUUCACUCUACCGCGGCUGCCUGAACGUCAUUUAAAACACAACUAUAAAAACCCAGCAGACUCCUCAAAAGAUGGCGGUGGUUAGCGGGAUGUCGGGGUCGGCUGUAGCCCGACUGGAGGGCCGAGAAUUCGAGUAUUUGAUGAAGAAAAGGUCGGUGACCAUAGGCCGGAACUCCUCACAGGGCUCCGUGGACGUCAGCAUGGGACACUCCAGCUUCAUUUCCAGGCGGCACCUUGAGAUUUUCACGGCGGGCGAAGAUGGCACCGGCACAGGGGAAUUCUACCUCCGAUGCCUGGGAAAAAACGGGGUGUUUGUGGAUGGGGUGUUCCAGAGAAGAGGGGCUCCACCUCUGCAGCUUCCACGAAUCUGUUGCUUCCGAUUCCCCAGCACAAGUAUAAAAAUCACGUUCACGGCACUUUCCGCGGACAAAAAGGAGCAGAGGAAUGUGCCCGAAUCACCGGUCAAGUCUGUGCAACUUCAGAUUUCACCGCUUACCAUCAACAUUCCGGACAAUAUUGCACAUCUUAUGAGCCCGCUGCCUUCUCCCACAGGUACCAUCAGUGCGGCAAAUUCCUGCCCUUCAAGUCCGAGGGGGGCAGGACUGUCCAGCUAUCGAAGCAGUCGAGUUCUGCCCUCAGACCUUAUAGCAGACAACUCCCAGUCUGAAAACGACAAGGAAGCCUCUGGCGAAGACAGCCCAAAGGAUGACUCCAAACCGCCAUAUUCAUACGCUCAGUUGAUAGUCCAAGCCAUUACCAUGGCCCCAGAUAAACAGCUGACACUGAACGGAAUAUACACCCACAUCACCAAGAAUUACCCCUACUACAGAACGGCUGAUAAAGGCUGGCAGAACUCAAUCCGCCACAACCUGUCCCUGAACCGGUACUUCAUCAAAGUAGCACGCUCUCAGGAGGAGCCGGGCAAAGGCUCCUUCUGGAGGAUAGACCCUGCUUCUGAAGGGAAGCUCAUAGAACAAGCCUUCAGGAAACGCAGGCCUCGGGGAGUGCCCUGCUUCAGAACCCCCGUAGGACCCCUCUCCUCCAGGAGUGCUCCUGCGUCUCCCAACCACACGGGGGCGCUGUCUGCUCACUCCAGUGGUGUGCAAACCCCUGACAGCCUCUCAAGAGAGGGGUCCCCAGUUCCCAUGGAGCCGGAGCCAACUCCUCCACCGGCCCCCCCCUCUGUUGCCACACUACAGCCCAAACUUGCUGUCAUCCAAGAGGCUCGCUUUGCACAGAACUCCCCUGGUUCCCCACUCGCUAACCAGCCCGUAUUGAUCGCCGUGCAACGCCAGAUGCCUCAGACGACGAUGAAGCCCGUGACUUACGCCAUGGCAACGCCGGCCAUUGUGACGACAACAGUUAGCCCCACGCCCAGCAUGCAGACGGUGCACGUUGUCCACCAGAUCCCGGCCGUCACCAUGACGGCUGCGACAUUGAAGCCUGACCCUCAGGAGAACGGAGGAGACCACCAAGAGAUCAAAGUGAAAGUGGAUCCGGUGACAUCCAUCACAACCUCGUCUAUAGGCGGAGUCAGUCGCAUCAUCCAGAGCUCUCAGUCCACCCCCCUGACGACAGUAACCAUCAUGCAACAGGCUCCACUCGGCCAGCACCAGCUUCCUAUAAAGGCCAUCACACAGAAUGGGACUCACCUGGUCCCCAUCAAUUCCACUGCUGGCACAGCUGUUGCAAACCCCCUCCACCUCCUGGCCACCCACGCUUCGGCUUCUGCGUCCCUCCCCACCAAGAGGCAAAACGGUGAGCUGCAGGAGCCGCCGGCAACCAAGAGGGCGAAGACGCAGGAGGGCGACGAGGGGGAGGCUCUGGCUGCCAACGGUAACGGUGGCUGCUCUGGAGAUGGAGUUGGAGAAGAGGUAGUUAGUGAAGUGGUAGGGAACAAGUAGCGCCCUCCUCGUCUCUCCAUCUGCAUCCUGAGCCUCGCCCUCCCUGUACACGUUGAAACACCCCCCCCCCCCCCCCCCCCGCUCUCCACAGUCUGACCUCUUCACCUUCACUGGUUUUCAUCUACUCUAAGGUGCCAAAAAAGAGAAGAGAUUACUGGAGAAUGUUCCCUUUCCACAUGGAAUGAAAAACCUAACACUUCCCCCCCCCUUGAAGCACAGGAAAAGAACUAUUCAAAUCCAAAAUUCCAGAUGACUUCUUUUGGACUGAAGCCUCAGCCCUGGUAGCAUCUCAGCACUUAUAAGUUUGUGUCGGAAUGGAACACGAAAGUCACCCACGGAGGGAAGCGUGUGGACAUGUGGACAUUCCCGUCAUCGGCAGCUAGCCUAACCUUGACCCACUUGUUGUGCAAAUGCGUCUUUGGAUCUUUGCUCCAUUUCUCCAAGAACAGUGAUUCAUUGGUCAAGUCUUGAUGAACACUAAAAAGAAACAAAAAAAUCACUUUAAUUUUUUUUUGUAUGUAAACUUUGUUUGGUGAAAUGAAUGUAGUCUUCUGUUGUUUUUUUGUUUUUUAAAGGAAAACGGGAAUUGAGUGGAUUCUCUUCUACUCGUUCAUGCAAAUGACAUUUGUUUUUCCACCACUGUACAUGUAAAGACUUUUGUCAUAUUUUACAAUAAGAAGAUAAAAACAGAGUAUAUUCCUGUGCGUAUUUGACCGUAUGCUUCAUUGAGAUUGCAUGUUAAACAGAUCUAGAGAUACAAUGUACCUGAGCUGAUUAUAUAUGAAAUAUGGAACUGAAGAACAUUAAGACUGAUUCUAUGCUUCUUGAUUCUGACCAGUGCUGCACUUAACCGUCUUUUAAGUUGGUUUUUGUUUGUUUUUUUUAUAAUCUGCCCUAUUUUCCCCAAAUGUUUACCUUUGUUGAGGUCAUGGCAGUAUCUUUGCUCAAUGCUACUCUGUUAUAAAAGAGUUGAAUCAGAUUGUAUUCUCUGUUACAUGAGGAAAGAUAACUUCUAGGUGUUCUGCUUCAGUUGCUGCAGUUUUAAAUAUACAGAAAAUACAGUCAUGGAAAAAAAAAUAUUUGACCAACCUUGUUUCUUCAGUUUAUUUUCUAAACGUACACUUGUUUGGACAAAUAUAACAGAAAUAAGAGUUGACUUUUUUUUGGCAGCGUAAUGCCAUAGCUAAGAACUGAAGUGAUUUUGGUUAUUAAGAAAAUCAUGGAAAUGGCUCCAUGUUAGCUCUUGAAUUAAACUCCUAUGAGCUGUUUUUUAUAUUAUAUAUAUUUAUAUAUAUAUAUAUAAUGUAAAUGUAUGUAUGAGUGUGUGUGUUUCUUGUUUUUUUUCUUGACUUUUUUUUUUUUGGUCCUGUUGAAAGAAGUUCGCGUCACACUGUCGUAUUAGUAAAUACUGUAGUUGCAUUCAGCCGGGACGGAUCACUGGGUGAAAACUAUGUAAUACACAAGGCACACCUACGUGUGGCGCUGUAAAACAAACACACAGCCUGAACCACGUGAUAAAAUAUAGAAGAAGAAAACGCACGCGCAUAAAUCGUGUCUUACUCUGCUUUGCCGGCUUGUCUACAUUAAGGUUGAAGUGAAAUUACUUCU